UUGCAUUUGCGUGGCUACUAUUUUCCGCUUGCAAAUGCCGCCAAUGGAAUAUAUGGCCUCAAGUCAGCUUACAAUGUACCGCCAAUUGACAACAACAUCAAAGACACCGGUCACAUGGUUGAAUUGCAGAUGAUGUUAGGCUUGGGUGCUCGGAAACACGACUAUCGAAGGUCGAGGAAGGCGUUUGGUGACCGUAAACCUCGUCAAGCUUACACUUCACAGCAACUGGAGAAGCUGGAAUGCGAGUUCCAGGCGAGAUCAUUUUCGACGAUUCCUGUGACAAGCAUGUUGAAUGGUUUGUUUCAGUGUGACAAAUACCUUAGCGUACAGAAAAGGAUUCAUCUGUCCCGCAGCCUGAAUCUGACCGAGACCCAGAUCAAGACGUGGUUCCAGAAUCGGAGGACGAAAUGGAAGAAGCAGCUGACAACAUCAAUCCGACAGCUCUAUCGUGAUCGGAUCAUCACCUCCUUAGGUGUACUGCCUGGUCUCGAAUCGUCCCUAGCUUCAACUUCAUUGACUAUAAAUCCCAGCGACCUUCCAGCAAAUUACCACUGA